AUGGCCGAACCUAGCUCGGCGAUCCAGCUCGUUGAGCAGGCGUUCGACCAAUUCCUCGUUAUGCGACCCAUCCUACUCACCUACACGCACUUGAUUCUAUCAGCCUUACUACCGAUUUACGCAGGAGCUCACGCUUCUCUUUCUAGGCCCUCGUCAGCGGCCAAACCGAAAAAGAAAGCCAAGACCGCGGAUGAAGACGAAGAGGACGAAGACGACGAUGAAUGGAGUGAUAAAAAGCCCAAGAUGGAAGGACUGGAGCCCUCGGAUGCUUUAAUAUUUCCUCUGGUGGCGGGGUUGACACUGGGUGUUUUAUAUUUCAUCAUAAAGUGGCUAGAGGACCCUGCAGUUCUCAACAAGAUCUUGAGUUUUUAUUUUUCCCAAAUGGGCCUCUUUUUCACGACCACCUUCCUGGCCGACGGUCUGGCUGUUGCGCGCUCAUUCGUUUUCCCUGCGAGCUAUAGCUCCAGAGGUAAUCAGUGGAAAGUUGAGCAAUCAAAUAUGCUUUCUAUAGCAUCCAAGGGAGCAAACAACCAGGCUAGGGCCGAGCGAAAAUCCCCGCUUCCAGGCCUCCUUGGAGCCAUUCCAUUACCCACUGCUGUACUCGGUUCUCUAUGGACAAUACGUGGCUUGGUGUAUCAAAAACUACGGCUCCGCCUAAAAGUGCGCAACCUUGCCAAUAUCAGAACGCGGUUUGGUAUUCUAGAUGUCAUCGGAGCAGGCACUGCACUGGUUGCGGUUGCAUACUUUGCAUUUGUUGCGAAACCCUGGUGGAUGACCAACCUCUUAGGAUUCAGCUUCUGCUAUGGCUCUUUACAGUUCAUGUCGCCAUCGACUUUUCUGACUGGUUCCUUGAUCCUGAGCUCUCUGUUUUUAUACGAUAUUUAUUUCGUCUUCUUCACCCCUUUGAUGGUGACUGUGGCAACCAAGCUGGAUGUGCCCAUCAAACUGUUGAUUCCUCGUCCUGCCGACCCUGGUUCUGAUUCCAAGGAACUUUCUCUGGCCAUGCUAGGGUUAGGCGACAUCGUCGUCCCGGGAAUGAUGAUCGGACUAGCUCUACGCUUCGACCUUUACAUGUAUUACAAAUACAAGAGCUCGCAGAAGACCGCGAGCGCCAAGUCGGAGCAAGAUGAUACGAAACCAAUCUACCAAAACGCGACUGGAAAAUGGGGCGAGCGAUUCUGGACUUGCUCUAAUCCUGUUCAAUCUUCAUCACUCGAACCUCCUUACUCUGAUGCGCAGGCAUUCCCCAAACCUUAUUUCCAUGCCAGUAUCGUUGGUUACAUAGUCGGCAUGAUUACAACCCUAAUGGUGAUGCAGUUCUGGAACCAUGCUCAGCCGGCCUUGCUUUAUCUAGUCCCGAGCGUUCUCAUAUCGUUGUGGGGUACUGCCAUUUGCAGAGGAGAACUAGGCUUCAUGUCUGCCUUUUCAGACAUUAGCGAAGACUCUGAGGAUGAGCCAAGCAGUGGGAAAGACGCGGAAAACGAAAACGCAAAACCAGAAGAAAAGCGGGGGUUGUUUGCGCGGAUUUGGUCGGGGGAUGUCAAGACCCCAUUUGAACAGACCGAACCAAGCAAAGACAAUGAUCUCCAGAAGAAGGAAAAGGAAAAGGAAACACCAAAUUCGACUACCAAGACCGAGUCAGGUGAUCCCAAGGUUGCUCAGAAUAUCUCUAAAGGGGAGCCUAAGAAAAAGGAUGAUGCAAAUGAAAGGCAUAUAUUUUCGUUGUCGAUAUCCUUACCAAAAAAGGUAUUGGGUUCUCAAAAGACUUCUAGCGAGGGUACUGGUACUGAUUAA